GCGCCGCUGUAGCCACGCCCUCUCCCCCCUCUUCAGCCAAUGAGAGCGCCCGCAUCCUACCAUAUGACACCCCUGCUAUAUCAUUCUUUUAUCUUAAAUAUUCAUAUUCUCCCUGCAAACCACUCAUCUUUUAUAUGACGAUAAUUCUGGAAGCAUAUUCAGAAGUAUUUACUGUCUGAACGUGUCUGUCACCCAUGUGCAUUAAAGUGCAAGAGCUUUGUUUCCCCUGAUAAAAUGCAAUAACUUCCACACGGUGAAAUAUCAUCUGGUAUCCAGUAAUAUGUAUUGACACUUGGGUGCCGUUUUCCCUUACAUGCUGGCUGAACGAUGACUGCAAUGCAUCAUUCGUUCCGAUCCCUUCACACCAAGCAGCUUCAGUUUGCGCACUCCAAAGUUAAAUGGUUAAAUAAUUCUACGAAAUCUUCCUCGCAUGGAGAAAAAGUUGCAGCCAUUUAUUAAUAAAGUUGCUAAAUUGCUGAGCCUAAUCAAGAGAGAUCAAUGCAUUUUAACUGACGUGGCAAAGCAUCAUAAUGUGGGCGUGGCUUAGGACUGUCAACAUCCUGGUGACAUAACUAGUUUCUCCAAAAUGGCGACGGUGGACCACAGAGAGGCAGGUCAGGAUGAGCCAGAGAGUGACGAUGAGGUUUAUGAAGUUGUGGACCUGACAGAAUAUGCCCGGAGGCACCAGUGGUGGAGCAGGGUGUUUGGGAACAAUUCAGGCCCGAUUGCUGAGAAAUAUUCUGUGGCCACGCAGCUUAUGAUGGGAGGAGUGACUGGAUGGUGUGCUGGUUACCUGUUCCAGAGAGUUGGGAAGAUAGCUGCAACUGCUGUUGGUGGAGGGUUCCUUCUUUUACAGAUUGCCAAUCACAGUGGUUACGUGCAGGUGGACUGGAAGAAGGUGGAGAAAGAUGUGAACAAAGCAAAGAAACACUUGAAGAAGAAAGCAAACAAAGCAGCUCCUGAAAUAAACACAUUCAUUGAGGAGGUAAAGGCCACAGACUUUAUAAAGAGGAACAUUGUUCUGUCCAGCGGGUUCGUUGGUGGAUUCUUUCUGGGUUUGGCCUCUUAAAGCUGCUGCACACGCUGCAGUCUCCACUUACUGUGAAUCUCAUCACUACAUAGGUCACUUUCCUCUCCAUUGUUUACCUCUCUGCCCCAUGUGUGCAUUGAUUUAUCUUUUAAUGAACUGAACAGGGGGCUUAUGUUGAACAUUGAAGCAUGAUCUGUUGUGACAGUAGUAUUAACCGUGUUCUACUUUUAAACCAAUCCUAGCUAAUUAUUUCCUUUAGGGGGAUGGAGGUUAAGAGCACAUUCUGAAGUGUGUAUGAGGAAGUCAGUGGAGAACUGUGGUUCUUGGAUUGUACUGUGAAGGCUGUCUUUUGUGGGACCCAUCAUGAUCUUUACCAGAAUGCUAAAUAUGUCAAGCUGCCACAGACUAGCACAAAUAUGUGUGGACUGUCCAUCCCCUUGUGUAUUUGCUCAGUGGAUGCUGAUCUCAUAUUUUUCCAUGUUGGCACGUGUGGGCGCCAUUGUAAACAUAUAGCCAGCCCCUUUUCAGAGCCGUAAAUACCCACACAAGAGUAAAUAUUAUAUAAACAACAUGGAAGGCAGCAGAGUGGGAAGUUAACACCACCCCCCAGUCUAGUGCUUAGAGGUAUUUUUUUAUGUAACUGUGAAGUUUGGCGAGUUUAUGUGCCAUUUAAGCAUGUAAGCAAACACAGUCCUGUUUUUAAAGUUUGUCACAGUGACAGGGGGUUGAAACAAAAGGGUAUUUUUGCAGGCAGGAGUUCUUAUUGAUAUACAACACAUAUCAUAAACAUAUAAUACAACUAAAUGUUAAAUCUGUUAAUAUUCUGUACUUUAAAUUGCCUACAAAGAGUAUUAAAUACAGAUUCUAUAUUCCCACAAUCCUCAGCUUCACAAUGCCCUUUAAUGACAGGAUGAGCAUCUGCUGUACACUAAUUACUACCAUCACAAGCUAGACACCAAAAGAGACACCAGUCCUGUCAUUAAAGAGCACAAUGGAGCAGCGAUUGUGACUCCUACGCCCUCGCUAUUGUCAUUGUGCAUUUAGUGGUGUCGGUGUAGCAGUAACACAACAGCAAUGCUGCCGAGUUGUGCUUUAUCACAUUAAUUCAGUUCAGUGCAGACAGGACAUCCACACAUAGACACCAGUUAAAUUGAUCACAAGUUGCUUAUUUUGUUUUUUGCCUUUUUCUUCCAGUGCAAUAUACAGUAAUGUGUCAUAUGUGAGUUUUGUUUGAAGAGCUUGUUGUGUCUCCAACUGGCAUUUUGAAUGCUCAUACUCCCUCAUUGUUUCUAUUUAAUGUUAUUUUUUAUAAUGUUAUUUGAGCUGUGUGAAUUUUGUUGGGUGUCUCUUUUGAAAUAAAGUUGCCUGAUUUUCUUUUGAGUAAUAAUAAUAUGAACUGAAGUCUGAAUAUGUUGGUCUGGAGUUGUCAGAAUCCAAGAAUGAUUUGAGAUUUUCGGGAGAAUGAGGGACUAAAAAAGGUUGGAAGUCGUAUGUUGCUUCAAGUUGUAACUGGGGAGGGAUGUUGCACCAUUUUGCCAGUUCAACUGCAACUGAAUUUAUUAACAGGCUUGUUGAAUUUGUAGGUGUAAAAAGGGAGAAAUUCAUGUAGAGCUGGAGCAAAUACAACAGUAAUAAUAAUAAUACAAAAGUAAGUCUUCUGGGCACAUGACUCAUGUUUUAAGACAGACGUGAAAAACUGUGAAUCUAUCCCGAACCAAUAUAGUCAGACUAUUAAACACAAGUCUGUGU